ACUCUUCAGCUUUUAUCCACACAUUUUAUAUGGUUACAAAUAAAUCCCGGGGAGUUGGUUCGAUUCCCCGGGCGGGUACGCCCCUUCCCGGGCUUCACCCCCGGUGCGGGGUGAGAGGAGUCACACAGGUACACCAGAGGUGGUUAUUAGCAGGAGGUGGGGUCGCUGCGCCUCCUCUGAAGCGAGGAACCUCCGCAGGUCAGAAGCGUCACGGAAACGGGGAGAGAGACUUCUCCGAGGAAAAGCUGGACACACGGAGCAGCGAACGGUGUUUCAACAUGUAUGCUGACAUGCACACUACCCUCCUCUUCACUUUGCUGCUCCUUCAAGUCUCACAGGCUGCCUCUGUGCAGGAAAUCCAAACCAGCCAUGAUAACAUUGCAAAAAUCAACUCAGCGGCAGAAAUGAUGCAGUGCUCAGCAGCCAUAGACAUCCUCUUCCUCAUGGACGGCUCCUACAGCAUGGGGAAGGGCACCUUCGAGAGGUCCAAACAUUACGCAGUCAAGUUCUGUGAAGCCCUGGACGUUGCUCCGGAUAAGGCGCGGGUGGGUUUGAUUCAGUUUGGCUCCGUUCCUCGGCUCGAGUUCUCUUUGGACUCAUACUCCACCAACCAGGAGCUGAAGAAGCACUUAAGGAAGAUUUCAUACAGGGGAGGCAGCACGCAGACAGGCCUUGCCCUCAAAUACAUCCUGAGGAAAGGUUUUCCGGGUGGCCGUAACUCCUCCAGCGUCCCCCGCGUCGUCAUCCUCCUGUCUGAUGGAAGGUCUCAGGGCGGCGUGGCCCAGGCAGCAGCGCAGCUUAAAGACAGAGGCGUGGUCUUAUUUGCUGUGGGCUUGCGGUACCCAAGAUGGGAAGAACUGCAGGCCGUUGCCAGUGAGCCGAUGGAAAGUCACGUCUUCUUCGCUGAGCAUUUCUAUGAUGCUGUCAACGGCCUGCACACGGCGCUCAGCAUGCUCUCGUUCUGCAACGCUACUCCUGCAGGCUGUCAGGUGGAGUCCUUCCCCUGUGAGAGGAGGACGCUGGAGACUGUGAAAGAGCUACAGGGGAAUUUCAUGUGCUGGAAAGGCUCCAAGGGAUAUUCCCCGUACACAUCUCUUUGUCCUUACUACAGGUACAGCAAAGUUUACAGGAGACACCAGGCAGUCUGCCAUCGGACCAUUUGUUCAGAUCCCUGUGACUCCCAGCCCUGUCUGAACGGCGGAACCUGUUUAUCCGAAGGCCUAGAGCGCUACCGCUGUCUGUGUCCUCCCGGCUAUGGAUCGGACCCCCACUGCGCUCCUGCUUUAUCCUUGGACUGCUCCAUCGACUUGCUUUUUCUGCUGGAGGGCUCCGCCGCGCUCACCUUGGAAGGCUUCCUUCGCCUCAAAUCCUUCUUAAAGCGCUUCCUGCAGACCGUCGUCAGCUCCGACAGCCCCAGCAAGGUCGGCCUGGCCGUGUUCGGCGGCGAGACCAGGGUGGAGGCCCAGGUUGGGAAAUUUAAAGGAAACACGAGGGGUCUCCUCAAGGCGGUGGAUGCACUGCAGCCCCCGGGGGGCCUGACCCUGACAGGCCGGGCGCUACGACACGUGACCCGCCACGGCUUUGUGAGCGAGCCGGUCUUUGCCGACGUCUCAGACGACCUCCCGCGCGUUGUGGUGCUGCUCACAGCCACUCCCGCUGCCGACGAGGUGGCCGAGGCCUCAAAGUACGCCCGAGACAGGGAGAUCUUCGUGAUAGGGGUGGGGCCGGACGCGAUGAAGGGGGAGCUGAAUAACGUGACAGGAAACCCUCAGAGGACGCUAACGUACCCAUCAGCGGACAGGCUCAUCGGAAAGAUACCGGAGCUGAAGGCCAAGAUCUGCAGCGUGGAUACACAAGGGUGUCUGGGCCAGGCGGUAGACCUGGUGUUUGCCCUGGACGCCUCAGCCGGAGUGGGCCGGGAGAACUUCGCCACGCUGCAGGACUUCGUGCGCAGCCUCUCGGUCCAGUUCGACGUUAACCGCGACGUGGCUCAGGUAGCCCUGGUGGCGUACAGCCGCAGACCCACCACCGUCUUCGGCCUGGACGCCCACGCGUCCGGCUCCGCCAUCCUCAGCGCCGUGGGCCAAGCCGGCUACAUGGGCGGAGGGGUGUCGACGGGCGCGGCGCUGCUCCACGUCUACUCCAGGGUGCUGAAUGUGGCCAGCGGGGCCAGGCCGGGGGUCAACAAGGCCGUGGUGGUGGUGACGGACGGCUCGGGCGGAGACGACGCCGUCGUGCCGGCUCAGAAGUUAAGAGACGACGGCGUUUCGCUGUUUGUGGUCGGCAUCGGAGACAUGCAGAGAGACAAGCUGAUGAUGAUCGCAGGUUCAGAGGAGCACAUGAUCUCCGUGCCGUCCUACGAGGACCUCAAGUACUUUGAGGACGUGCUGGUUCAGAUGGUGUGCUCAGAGGCGAAGAAACCCGUGAACCUGUGCAAGCCGAACCCUUGUAUGCACGACGGCGUCUGCAUCCUCUCACGGGGCAGCUUCAGGUGUCAGUGCCAAGGCUACGAAGGGCCACACUGCGAAACACGAAGCAGUAAGUCCUCGUCCAGAGGGGACGUUCCCAAGCCUGCUGGUCUGAGGAAGAAGAGCAGGCAGAGGAAGAGCCACCAGGAGCUCCUGCGUCACUACAAGCUACACCGCCGGAGACACGCUGCCUGACGCGCGCACGUAAUCCAGAGGAACAAAAAAACAUCUGCACACGUCAGGACCAGGGAUGUUUGUGGAGUAAAGGGGAAACCUGACGUUUGCUACUUUCUUAUUUCAGUCUGUUUUUCUUUUUUUGUAAUUUUUUUUACAUCUCUUUGUAAAGCCGAUUCAAUAAUAGAAUAAGUUUCAGUAUAUAAACCUUGUUCAGAUAGUUUCGUCUGUGUCCUGAUUUUGUUCCCAAUGCUUGAUCCCGGGAAUGUUUCUCUGUUUUUGGAGCCAAAAACUGCGACACAGUUGUGGCCAGAAAUCUGCAUGCAGCCAUGGUGGGCACGGAUGUCAUCCUGACUUUGGACUUUCAAGGACACAUUUUGAAAAACAACAAUUAAGAGCACAACUUUAAUGCUAUUGUGAAACAUUCUGUUAUCCUCCCCAUCUCAAUAUAUGCUUGUAUUUAUCCCAAUACUGUGGCAUGGGGCUUCUGGAAUGGAUCGAACCUGAAUGAACAUUAAAAGGAAAGUCUGGUCUAGUCCAGUUAUUCAUCCAGUUUAAAUCAACUCUACCAAUCUGGCCAUGAAGUGUGGCCAAUUAUUCCGCCAGGAUCGUUUCAGAGGUUUAUUGAUAUUAGUAAGGAUGUGUGCAUGUAUUUAGGGCCAGGAUGCUUAAUUGUUGGUCCAGUCUGGACUAGAGAAGUGGCAGAAAUUCAAGCAAGUUCAAAAUUAAUAAAAGCUGUAUGGUUCUAAAACAGCCACCCAUCCCAAAAAAAGGCCAGAUAAAUCAAUAAAAGCCUUAAAUUCUUA